AUGAGGUGCCAGACCUGAAAAAUCCGAUUAAAUGAAUUUCUGACCCUGUAAAUUCAGUAUGGUUAUCAUAUGACAACCCUGAGAACUCAGUAUAGUGUUCGUGUACCAGCCCUGACUGCUCAGUAUGAAUUCGAGGAUAACCCUGAUACCUCGAAUCUGGCUUCAGGGGGGGCGCUACGGGUGUACCCCCUGUUUUCUGCCCAUAGUUCCAUAAUUUUCGUGCCAGCGCACAUUUUGCCUGACCAUCUACAGCUCCGACUUCGUCAUCGGACACCGAACUUGAAGACGUGGCCGAACGAAAGUACCAGGAGGCUCUCUGGCAAUUUAAAAAGCGGUGGAGUACUGACUUUCCUUGGCUUGUGCUUAAUCAGACCCGUGCAGGAUUCCCGGCUUUGAAGUGGAAGCCCUCGCGGCCAGAGAUGCUGCCAACGCGCUGCCUGAGCUGGGAAUUGUGGAUGCCAUCAUCCGCGCGGUUGCUGAGCUGCUGGGGCGUUCACACAACUGGCACAAGAUGUUCAAGGACCUCCAAAAGAUCUUCACGGCGACAAAUCUGGAGAUGCAAGGGAUUCACCUUGUUCGGUGGCUCAGUCGUGGCGGCGCCAUUCUGAGGCUGGUGGCGGUGCUUCCUGCCGUCAUCGUUCUGCUGCACCUCUACGACAAACCCAUGUACCACAUCGUCACAUCGUACAAGUUUCACUUUUUCCUGUACUUCCUCGCCGACGUGCACGAGGAGCUCAACAGCCUCAAUCUGCUGUUCCAGAAGCGCGAGAUCGACCUGACGGGCGUGCAGUCGCAGGUACGGCGAACGAUCGUCUUCAUUCGUUCGCGCUACGUCAACUGCGGGCCUAACUUCGGCACGAACAGCGAUCGCCUGUCCAAGUUUCUGGAGCGCCACGCCAGCAACCGAGAUGUGAUCGUGCAGGGCGUCGAUGCAGACGGAAUGGAGCGAGUGCAUCAAUUCGAGCUUCACGAGGAGCCGCUGCCAAACUACACCACUGCCCGCGGCGACAAAGCUUCCUGCACGCUCACCUGUCGCUCCUACGCGACCGAGCUCAUCUACAACGUGCAGCUGCGGCUCGGCGACCUUGAGCGGCUCAACGGGUCAAAGCUGUGGAUGCCCCGAACAUGGCCGCGGAACACGGAGGCGAGGGACGAGGAGUGCGCCGAGCACUUUGACAGCGUGGUCGAACUCUUCCACGCCAGCGACCGCGUUGAAAUUCUGCCAGUGCUUCCUCUCAGCACUGUUGAGUGCGAGAGGGGAUUCUCGCGACAAAAUGUGAUUAAGAGCUGGAACCGGACGAGUCUGUGCAACGGGAAGCUGGAGGAUCUGAUGUGCAUGAGUUUGCUAGAGUAUGACAUGAACUGGGAUAGGGUCAUUGAGGUGUGGCGCGGCAUGAAGAAGAGACGGCCAAGGAGGGCCCACCAGAGCGAAGUGCGUGCGAGGAAGUCUGCCAAGGGCAAAGAGAAAGUGGUGGUGUUGUCCGAAGAGGAGCAUGAUGAUGAGGCACGAGCGGACGAUGAGAACAGCUGCUCCAGCAGCGGGUUUAGUUCUAGUGAUGAUGAGGAGGAUGGUGGAAACUUCUGAGUCGAGCCACAUGUAUGCUGCAGUACUGUGAAUAUUGAUUAUCUCU